CAAAAGGAGAGAAGAAAGAGAAAACUGGCCAAAGAACAAGAAGCUGCAGAGGCUGCUUCACCGCCAAAAAGAUCCAAGGCGGGAAGGACCAUUAAAGUCCCUCGACGGUUCCUCAAAGGACCCGAGGGACGUCAACAGUAAGGCCCCAUACUAGGGGCUCACUGGGGGGGAGGGAUCAAUAUUGCCGGAAAAGUUGGACAGGAGAAAAUUGGUAAGUGUGAUGUAUUACCGUGAGCUAUAUUAGGGAAUUUUAGUGAACUAUCGCCUUCAAAGAAAAGGUUAAUUUAAAGUCUUUUUAGGAUCACUUGGUCGCUCAAUUUCUAUUGACGAGGAUACCAUCAGCAGUCGGUCAGCGGAGGUCUCCAUAAGUUUUAGCAGCAGGCCUGGUUACCACUCGCAUUUUGGCGUCCUUGGCAGCAAAGCAGUAGUUGUUUAAUCUUUCUGAAGUUUGUGUAGCUCCUCUGUUAGUUUCUGCACCUUUUAGUCCUCUAACAUGCCACGAAAAGCACUUACUUGCACUGUAGAAUUAGAUAUAUAUCAGAUAACCUGUCCAGGGACACGGCAUUUAAACGACAGAAAUAUGCUUUUUCUGUCGGUUUGUAUUUUGGGACAGACGAAGCGAACCAAAUCAGUGUUCGCUUCUUUUCCUCUUGCUUUGAACGAAAGGAUGUUCUUUGAAAGGACUUUUGUGAAUGCAAGGGAACCUACGCAUGUUAUAGGUAUUCUAGAAGAUGAGCAUGUGUUAUUUGAGCUUGUACAGUAUUCUGAUGUUUACAGGGGUGGAAAAGUUUUAGCUCGUUAUGAGCAAUCAGCUAGAGAAUUUCUUUAUCCCACACCAACCCUGACAGGCAAAGAUGGUAUGGACAGGGAAGUGUUGCUGAGCCGGACAGUGCACUUCACUGGAAUUGAUCCAAAGUUAGAAUUCUCCUCAAAUUCUACAAUCCAAGAGACAACUGUUCCUGGAACUUAUGCCGAGCUCACCAGCGUUCAGCACAAUGAAGAUUCCGAGUCUGAUUCUGAGACUGAGAGCAGCACAGAGACUGAAGAAGAACUUGUUUUAACCCCUGCUCCAAGGCACCAUAACCACAGUCUGCACGCUAAGGAGUAUCACUGCAUAUGUGAAUGUCCUCGGAGACCAGAAAAUUCUGGGAGAGUAACAUUAAGAUCAAGGUCACUAUCCCCAUCACGCCGACCAAAGUCAGCCACACCUUCUGUCAGACCUCCAUUUAAGGCUGGGAAGGCAGAUGAGAGGAUCAUCUCUCGACGGGAGUUUUUAAACCAAGGGCGAUCAAGAACAAGGAGCAGAGCAAUUCCUCCCGAGGGAGACCCUGCACCCUGCCCGGAAUGCAGAGUUCCUCAUAAGGACUGUGUUGUCUGCCAAGCAUACCUUAAAGUCUACGGCAGAGAUUUUCUGAAGCAUCGCUUUGGUCAUGUACCACACAGGAGAACAACCUCAACCCCGGCGUACACGUCUUUUGCAUCUGAGCCACCUAGAGUCAGAGCUCGUCUACCCGAUGACGACCUGCUGAAUGAGUCAAGGGCUUAUAGUGAACCUAUUCCAAGAAGCAGGAUACUAUUUCCACGUGAACCCAGUGGAUAUGGUUCCUACCUUGCACCUUCCAGCCAAGAGAUUCAAGAUCGCGUAGACAGAUUAGUGAGGAGGCAUUCUCCUGUUCCUGCGUACAGCUCCAGAAGCUUUGUAGAAAUGUCAGAUUCUGAGGAUGAUGACAAUGAUAGUUUGCUUUCUUUGCAGGAAUUGAGCCUCCGAGGUUAUUGACAUCCAAGUUAGAUGGAAAUUCAUUGCUCUUCUGUGUUAAGUGUCACCGUGCCUCUAUCGAAUGACUCAUUCUGGUCCAGUCAGAAAUCUCAGUUUACAGGCCGUUCACACCGAGACGAGUUUGAAGUUUCGUUACAAGAGAU